AUGGGCCUCUUCUCACGGUCUCGCACGACGACGACGGUCACCCCGUCGACGCCUGACUCUCGUCCGACCGGCCUCCGCAUCUUCACCGUCUGCAUCUACCUGAUCGGGCUGGUGUUCUUGAUCCUAGUGGAGAUUGGGAACAUCAACAACGACGCCGUGAUCCGCGACACGUACUUCCUCAAGAUCGAGAUGGCCAACAUCAUCCCAGCGUCAGUGCCCAACGCCAUCUUCAUCAACUCGAUCGCCCAGAGCAUCGGGCUGCACGACUUCUACCAGGUCGGGCUGUGGAACUUCUGCGAGGGCUACAACGGCCAAGGCAUCACGUACUGCUCGCCCACCGAGACGCUGUACUGGUUCAAUCCGGUCGAGAUCAUCCUGCACGAACUGCUGGCGGGCGCGUCCAUCACGCUGCCCAGCGAAAUCAUCGACGUGCUGCACCUGGUCCGCCUGGCCAGCACGUGGAUGUUCGCGUGCUUCCUGGUCGGCACCGUCCUGACCUUUCUCUGUGUCUUUCUCGCCCCGCUCGGCUUUUCCAAACACCCGCGAUGGGAGCAUCGCACCAGACGCGUUUUCCUCCGCCAAUUGCCCAUCGCCGUCCUCGCCUUUGUCGCCCUGCUGUUCACCGCCGCGGGCGCCCUGAUCGCCACCAUCAUGUUCAUCAUCUUCCACGACAAGUUCUCCGGCGCCGCAGACCUCAACAUCCAAGCCCGUCUGGGCAAACCCAUGUUGGCCUUCAUGUGGAUCGCCACCGGCAUGGAUCUUAUUGGCUUCCUAAUGCAGAUCGGCACCUGUUGCGGUGUCUGCUGUUGCACCGGCCGCCGGAAGGCCAUGAGGAGGAACAAGGAAAAGGCCGAGCUUGAGCCUGAGCAUGACGGGCUAGGUCGGGAUCGUGAGGAAAAGACCAAGACCACAUUGUCUCCGGCUAGAUUGCCUGGAUUUCGACGCACCCAUCGGAGCAGUUAA